CUUUAUUCUUAUGCAUGUUGCAUUUGCAGAAUGGUUGCUGUGCAGCCCGGAUAGUAUGUUUCCGCCCCUGCAAAAACCCACCCUUGUAAUGAUUUUCCUGCUGCUGUGAUUGGCCGAGCGCUAAGUGCCCACGAGUUACGUCAUAGUCAGGGACGGUCAUGAGUAUUGCGUCUGUUGAUUUUCUGCAAUCGAAUCCCUGACUAAGCAACAACAGAUAACGUAAUAUCCGACGAAAUCUUGCAAAACAUUGCAUUUUCGACGCGGGUUCCGCGAAUUUCGAAGCAAAAGUGUACCUACAACCGUCUAUACCAAAUAUUAUCCGGUUAUUCGUCAAAAGCGGCGGCUUUUCGACCAUUUUACAAGGUAUGUAUGCUUGUAACAUGUUACGUCGUAUGUGCUAAUUAAGGAAUUCUAGACAACAUUUUGUCUGUAGUAAAGUUACGCCAUUUCUAUACAGUCGCUGACAACAUUGUUAAACCAGUUUAUCGUCGGUAUAGUGAGUUAUUCAACGACAUUGGCAACACUUUCGACUUGUACUGUAGUCAAACGGCUAUGUUGUAAAAUGUUCACAUAUUCUUGCAAAGAAUUCGGCGGUUUCCGUCUUCCUGUGUUGGUUCGGGCAAAUGCCGAUCGAUUACACGUGCUUAUUGCUGUGUUUUAGCCGUUCCUCUAGCCAGCUUUCGCCGUGGUCUGUGGCAGGCUUUCAUACAAUUUCACUUGUAAAAUCGAUGCUUUUUCGAUACACUCAAUUAUUUUGCCUCCGGGGUCAACAUUCGGUUACAGAAUGAUGUUAUUAUGAACUUUUAUACAACCGAAAUAUUUGCCAAAUACCGCGAAAAUAUACGAAACGUGCUUACUCGAAAGCCACUCAAAAGACCUAGGGCUAAGGGAAUAGUAGAACUUCUAUACCGUACGUGUAUUUAGAUAGGAUUUCGCCAUAUAGUUUGUUAUGUUUUUACGGUAGCAACACUCUCCGUACGGAACGUGUGUAUUGCUUGUAAGAUGUAAACAUAAGUCGUGUGAACUUCAUCAUAGCAGCAUUGUGGAGUGUUUUCUGUAUUCCAGAACUGAUAUAACCUGGCGCUGUCGAAUGGAACUCGAAAAUGUAAUGUUCUCCCUUUAUAUUGUACCAGGAAAUAGCCACAUAUUCGUAGCUAGGCUGCGAAAUUUUUGCGAACAAAAAACGGCGAAGAGGGAUAUUUUGUAAUCAAUUCCCCACGCACAGGCGUGUGUAGCGACACGUCGCCCGAAAAAUGUUGUAAAAAAUUGCUCGACUUGCACGGAGGUCCCGGCAAACAAAUGAAUUAUUUUCUGCUGGUUGAACUAAAAGUUGUAUUCACACACUUUUUUGUAGGCAUUGUAUGUGUGCCACUAGCCAGUGAAGUACAGUAGUUCUUAAAACGGUUGCUUGCGUGGUUGCACAUUUCCGUAUGGAUGUCAGCUUUGCCCAGACGGAAAAUUUAUAUCUAGCCGAAAGUCCCGCUAGACUCAGCGAGGAGACCGUUCAAUCCCUUUACGCAGAUGAGCAGCCUAAAAAACGGAUAAAACCUAACAUGGAACAUUCGAAGCUAGCCGAAACGGUGGGCAUUGAAAAUACGAUUAUGCUCAACCCUGAAGAUUUGGCAAAAGUCACAGCGCGUAACAUGAACGAAGAGAGAGAUUUCAAUAAGAAUUUUGGCGUUCACACUAGACAAACGGCAAAUUUUGGCGGUCCUAGGCAGAGGGCUGUCCGCAGGCAACCGUACGAAACGACAGAGGCGAACGAUAUUGUGAACAGCUCUUUACCGGAAACAAGAACUUCUGUAAUACGUGGUGUUUUGAAUAAUCGUCAGCAAAACACGUCUGAAAACGAAACGGUGACAGAAACAGAAAUGGACUCGACGGAAUUCAACAGUUUACGCUGUUACGAGCAAGUCGAGAACGACAAUGGUGAUCAUUUUGGACGAAAUCGACAUUAUUUGCAAAACAGUGUUAUGGAAACGUACGGAACGCCAUCAGAUAACGCGGCUCAUAUUUCGGAGAAAUUCUCGCGUGCUCCGAUUUCCAGUAAUCGCGCGUACCACCAAAUGUCUGGAAUGGAGACGAGGUCCCAACCUUAUUUUUCUCAGCAAAUGCGUGAUGCUGUGUACCGUGUCCAGCACCCCCCUGAAUUUGCCUUAUCUCAAAUGGAUGCACGGGGGAAGCAGUACUUCGAGAGAACGGGACUCAUGCCAGGUUCUGCGAUGAGCUAUGGCGCUUUGAACUCGAAAUACAAUAUCCAAGAUGGACUUUUUGUGCAAAGUCAUGCAGAAAUGCAAAGUGGAUACCCUGGAUUUGCAAUAUACGAACGAAGGUCGCCCGUCUCGAACGAAAAUUUAGCAAAGAACAACAACUUGAUGGCCGAACAAGACGCUUUGAAAUCCAACGGUAAGACACUCUCAUUCUGUGUAGUAGCUGUAUUAGAUCUCUAUUUUAUGCUUUGUAAACGGCAAGAAAGCUUUGCAAAUCUUCACAGGGAGGGCUCCAGCGCUGUAACAAUGCAAGCUAAUCUCUUUUGGCAAGUAUAAUUUCCGUGCGUCUUUGUUAUUGUAAAUUUUUCAGCAGCAAGAAUUUUGGCUGCAUUUCAGAAGCUUUUCAUGACUCCAACAACCGGGCUCUGUUUUCGUUUAAGUGGAAAAAAUUCAAGAGCUACAUAACUAUGGCCAGCUCUUGCCCUUUUGUUUGCUUCUGAGGCUUUAAACUUCGCUUUUUCGUGCUGCAAAACACCUCUAAAUGGCCAAUAAUGAGGUCACUUAUUUGCACCUUUCAGGAAAAACAGCGAUGGAAAAACAGCGGAAAUUCAAAUGGGCGUCAAAGACGUCUUUUUAACCUGUCAAAAUCGUGCAGAAGUCUACUAAAUUGCCUUUUAAACAUGUUUUAGUUCUCUAAUUUGCAUUUAUAAUGCAUAUUUUCUUAGUUAAGUAGCAUAAUUUUGGCUUUUAAGUAGGCACAGCUGUCCAAUUUUGAUAGCUUGUUUCCUGCCCGGGCAGAAUAAAUUUUAAAGCCAUUCUUCCCUUUCAUUAUGAGCUUGUUAGCUUCUCUCAUUUUUAUACAUUUUGUUCAUUGUGAGCCUCUUAACGCCAGCUAGUUUAUACUUAGAAAAUAUUAAUUUAAAGCCUAUUGUCGGAGUUCAAUGUAUCUUAGUAUACAUUCUUGGUUGACAUCGAGAUUUGAUGUCAAGACUUGAUGUCACGAUUUGACGUCAUGGCCGUCAUGUUUCAAGCAUACUAACAAAAAGACGGAUUUACAUUACACACUUUCGCCUAAGACUGUGGCUAGCAACCUGCUUACAAUUUGAGUUGUAUUGUGUAAAUCGAACACAGAACUUGUCUACAGUGUCGGCAUACAACUGAAGUUGUAAGCAGGUUCCGUGCAACAGUUUUAGGCAAAAGUUGUGUGGUGUAAAGCUAUGUUUACACACUGCGAUUUGUCAUGUACGAAUUGUAUUCUGGGGCCGGUUGUUCAAAGCUGGGUUAGUUUGACCACAUGGUUUAACCUUGGGUUAACCUAAAAUUCAAAGCAAACUUCCCGUCAGCUUGUCCAUAAAUUUGGAAAUAUUUCUUCAGAGAUGUGGUCUGGAUUGAUAGGAGUUUUCAUCUCUGAAGUUUUGAAAUAAACAGACGUACAGAAAUCGUGUUAGUCCUAACCCACCUUUGAACAACUGGCCCCUGGCGUAUGAAAUUUACUGCUCACGCCACAAUUCCUCUUCAUUCAGAUUAUGGCGAAAUUUGAAAUACAACCACUUUAUGCAUGCUUAUUCGAUAACAAAUGCUAGACAUAUGCAACAUGUAAACGUACCUAAAAUUGGUCUAAAGAUUAUCAUCGGCAGCUAUUGUAUUUGGAGCACAUGCUCGCCAGUAUGUUUUGGUACGGUACGCUUGAAGUGGAAAACCUCCUUUAACCCACUAUGUACCCUACUUUAAAUUAUUCUAUUCUGUCUAAUGCCAGAUUCAUCAAGGGGAGAGGCAGAGAGCCCUGGCGGUCAGUGGGUUAAUACGUAUUGGUCAUCUCUAGGGUUAUGCAGACGUUCCAACUUGACAUCUCCAAAAAUAGGGAGGUCUGGUAAAGGCAAGAAAACGUUGACCUCUAGCGUGACUGGGUAGAAAAUUUAAACUUUCUUUCAGAAGCGCCAUUUCUUGAUUCCGAGACUCGUGAAUACAACAACUGUAAAUUUCCACCUUUCAUGCGAAAUAUUACGAAACUUUGUCGUACAAAGCCGCUUUUUUGUCGAUUCGACAACCGUUUUUACUGUACGCGAACGGCUUUUACAAGGAUUCUUUUAGAAAAAGUAACAUUUUUUCUUUUCAUACGUAAAAUCGGGAGGUUUAAAUAUAAAUCGGGAGAUCGGGAGAUUUGCCAAGAAAUCGGGAGCCUCCCGAACCUUUGGGUUAUGUUCUGGGUUUGGUUACGAUUACAUUUACUUUCUAGAAUUGCAGAGGUUGAUCCAGGCAUGCCUAGAUAUUCUGGGGGAACCUCUCAUCACUGACUAGACACAUAGCCUGGUUAACCCAUUGAGCCCCAGGGUUCUCCUGUUGAUGAGUAAAAAUGUCUGACAUUAAUAGACAGAGUAAAAUAACAAAGUAGGAUGCAAUGCAACUUAAUGGAUUAACUGCAGCUACUAUCAACCAGGAAAUACGCCCACUUUUCGCACCACCCCUUAGCUCCAAUAUAAUUAUUUGACGUUGUAAACAAGCAACUAUUUAUAGCGUGUAUCGUAUUAUUUUGAAAAUAAAAGUUUACAUGCAGUUAAACGACGACGUUUAAGUUUUACAAGCAAAAAUACACAGUAUUACUAUAUAAUACAAGCAAAAAUACAUAGCAUAACAUUAAAUUGUAUUCGCUCGAAAUCACACGCUAAACGCUUUCAGGCAGUAUGAAUAAAAUUGGUACGAGAUUUAAUUUGAGGGUUGACUUUCAAAUUUGAAAAACACUUUUUCAAAAUUCAAAAAAGAUCUGUCAAUCAAUGAUAUCAGCCAAUCGGCAUUUUGCGUUGUGUGGACAACGCCUAUUUCGUUUCUUGAAGGAGAGACUGCCCGCAGUCUAAUGAGAUACUAGUAUCCACCCAGAAACUCUAGUAUCCCACAUUUGGAUAAUAGAUAUCCUAGGAAGCAAUAACCAAACACUGAAACAAUUAAAGCAAAACAAGCUUUCAAUUGCCAAAAAACAGAGUCACUGGAAAGAUUAUGCAAAAUCUGCAAACACGGACAUGAUGAAUAAAUAUUAACCCAUAUAACAAAAUAUAAACAAUGAAAUCUUUGUGAAUAAGAAUCUGUUUUUGUUUAAUUUCCCAACGGGUACUGCGCCUGUGAGGUCCAGUAUGGAAAAUUAAAAUAUAGAUUCUGUGGAUAUUGGGAUACUGCAAAUUUCAAGCAUUGUCAACAGUUCUUAGGUCAUUGAAAGUUGAGUAUAGUUUAGUGGUAUCUUGUGUGAAAAACUGAAAAUGUUCCUCGAUGAACGAAGGCAAUUCUCGGGCAAUAUGCUAUAGAGAAUACUUAGUGAGUCCAUUUGUGUGAUGACAAGUAAAGUUAUUCGAUUGAUUUAAACCAGUCGUAAACCAUAGCAACUGAUUAUGCUAUGUAAAGUUGAUUACUUUUAGAAAUAUAUUGUCUUUCAACGACCUAAGUGCAUCUUAAACAUAGUGUUACAGUGUAGGCGUUGUUGAACGUUAUCUUCGUGAGCCUGGCUGAGUGAUAAAACUACAUGAAAAGUUUAGAACAAAGUUGGAUGUCUCGAAUGAAAGCCUUUCAUUUGGAAGUUAGUGUCGUCUGAGGGCAUAGCGUGACCAUUUGGCAUGGCUGGCUAAAUCUUUGCCACAAGUUUAAAAGCAUAUUUACAUGCAAUAAUACUUCUGUUUUUUUCUUCUUGUUAUUUCAAAUAGUGAGAAGCAAUCCAUCUCCUGUUGGUAAAAUCAUUGAGGAUGAGACAUCGACAAGACAAAGUUCACUCGAACGUGAGAUUGUCAACCAGGGAAAACAAAGUGAGCGAACAGAUGCGAAGCAAUUGGACGACAACAAGAACAUCAAAGGCAAGCGCGGUGCAAGCGCGAAGGCCGACAGCAACAUACAAUGUACCCAGUGUUUGAAGAAAUUCGGCAGCUCUAGCGCACUGGCAAAGCACAAGGCAACACACAGCGAUGAACGAAAGUACAUCUGCUCCAUAUGUGAGAAAGGUUUCAAAAGACAAGAUCACUUGUGAGUAUUAUUUUAAAUUUUACUACAUAAGGUGUUGUUAUCUAACAAUAGAGCUUCGGGUAAACAGAAUGGACAGAGAAUAACACCCUGAUUACAUAAUUAAUCUUGGUUACAUAAUUUGAUUUGUCAAUUUGCCAGACAGACAUUAAUGGUUUGCCCUUGCUUGGCUACAAUGGGUUAAUUGUUAUUUAAUUGAUGAUAGUUUAUUACAUAACAUAAUCACUUUCACUAAACAAAUGAGUAGACAAAAUAGACUAAUAGUUGUUUAGAUAGCAUCCAUAUAGACUCAGUUCUAUCAUAGUCAAUAGAAUAAGGGGCUGAUUACAUGGAGAGUUUUCAGCCCGGCCUAAGGAUAAAAUCCUAUUAAAUCACAGCAAGCGAUUACAUGACCAAAAUUCAGCCCAUGCUGAAAUUUCAGCCUGGUUUGUGAUGCCCACUGCAUGUAAUUGCAAAUAAUUUCAGCCUGGGCUAAAAAAACAACCGUUUACAUGGCUUUAUUUUGCAUGUUUGUUUCAUCUUUAAAUACUUUACAUAUAACCACAGUCUCACACAAAUCAAAUAGUCAACUAAUCAGCGUCUGAAUGCUUCAAAGAAGCGUAACAGACUUAUUGUCCUAUUUCGUGAUACUCAGGCCAAAAAAAAAAAUAUGUGGGUUUCCGGUUUCCCGACCCUACCUAGCUUUUGGACGUCGAAAUCCCGACCCUAAACUUUUUAUUGGAUCAUGCUUGUAAGUGUUUCCACUUAGAGGAAAAAGUUUGCGGAAAAUUGAAAUUUGAGGCAAUAUUAGGGAAAUUUAUCUUUCAUUGUGGAAGCACUGACUAAACAAAAUGGCGUCCGCUUGUUCGGAAAAUUAAAAAAAAAAGUUUAAAAAAAAAAGUUAACCGACCUACCCUACCUAAGUUUUUAUAAGAAGAAACCGGAAACCCACAUAUUUUUUUUUUUGGCCUCAGAUUAUUUCAGCCCGGGCCGACUAAAUAUAGCUCUGACUAAACUCAGCCCGGCUCAAACUGCUCAUGUAAUCUGAUGUAAUCUAAUGCAAUUUCAGCUCGUUUAACCGGGCUGAAAACUCUCCAUGUAAUAAGGCCCUUAUGAGAAGGUUAGGAAACUCAAUGAUCAACUCAUAAAUCACAUAAUAGACCUCAUCUAUGUUUGUGUGUUGGUGUAUGCAAGAAAGGUUGGUUCAUCGUCACGUGUGUAUUGUUUUUUCGCCCAACCAACCAAAAGCAAUGUGUUGGUUUAAUUACACAGUUGUGAUAUUAGACAAUGGUUAAAUGAAAGCAUAGCCAUUGGUUGCUCUAGAGAAAAUAAAAUACACACGUGACGAUGAACCCGACUAUUUCUUGCAUAAACCAGAUUAACCAGGACAAAAACAUGGAUAAUGAAGUCUAUUAUGUCUGCAUCGAGUUCCCUAACCUUAUCCUAUUGACUAUGAGUUUCGGUGUUACUACAAGAGCAGGGAUGGAUUUACUGGGGGGGGGCUGCACCCCCCUAGCCCUGGCCAGAGGGGGUGCUAUUUUUCAUGAUAAAGCAAAAAAUUAUUAGAGGCAAAAUGAGAUACAGUAAUUUGAGUAAUAACAUGAUGAUAAGCGAACUGUGAACAACAAUUACAAUUCAAAUACUGUAGUCAAGCAAGACUUUGCAGUAGUGAAGCAAGUUGAUGGGCGGGCGGCACACAUGACCGAAACAACUCGGCACCAGAGCUGGCCCAGAGCACACCCCCCCCCCUACCAGAUCAUGCUGGAUCCAUCCCUGUACAAGAGAUAACCAGAGUAGCCUAGUAUAUAUACAUGUUAGAGCUUGACAACUGGCCUUCAUAGCUCAGUUGGUUAGAAUGCUGCACCAGAAUCGCAGGGCAGGUUAAGGUUUGAUUCCUACCACCAGGGACCUAAAGUAAAUGUAUAUAAAUUUCGACUCGACAAUUUCCAUCUACAAUAUCCAUCAAAUGUUAUUCAUUGGAGUGAGAUGCAACAAAAGAAAUCUUGAUAUUUUCUCAGAGAAAACCUACAAUGUUUACUGGAAGCACCCUUCUCGUAUAUGUGACCGAGGUAAAAUUACAAUCAGACACGGGUGGGAAAAAUAAGCGAGCACUGCUCGCAGGAAGGAAACCUUAACACCCAUGUCCCACUAUGGGCGCAACAACAUAUGGUUGACAGACAUUAUUCCUUGAAUUUAAAAUCAUGGUCAGCUAGAACACUAUUACCCUGGAUUCCAGAGCCUUCGACAGUAAAUAAUAAAUUGAAAUGUCGCGAAGGCUCUGGUUCAACGGGGCGAUUCUUUGAUUAAGCCGCGCCAAUCACAAAACAGAAUUAGUGGUUUUAGUACAGAAUUAGUGGUUUUAGUACAGAAUUAGUGGUUUUAGUACAGAAUCUGUACUAAAACCACUAAUUCUGUUUUGUGAUUGGCGCGGCUUAAUCUGUACUAAAACCACUAAUUCUGUUUUGUGAUUGGCGCGGCUUAAUCUGUACUAAAACCACUAAUUCUGUUUUGUGAUUGGCGCGGCUUAAUCAAAGAAUCGCCCCGUUGAACCAGAGCCUUCGCGACAUUACUGUCGAAGGCUCUGGAAUCCAGGGUAGAACACUAUAUGUUUAUGCACAUGCAGAUUUAGCAUAAAAAUACUCCGUUGGUCUGCACGGACUAAAUUUUUGUAAGAAAAUUAUUUUUCCUGCCCUGAUCAGACAACUCCAUAUUGCUGGAAUGGGGGUGAAUAGGGGUAUACAAAUCCGCCGAUCCGCCUAAAUUUGAAGCAAAAUCCGCGAUCCGACAAUGGUCUUGUCUAAAUUUGAAUCCUCUACUAUGAAAUCACAAUCCAGGAUCCCAACUAAACGGCAAGCUAAAUCCACAAUCUGAGGCAAAAUAUUAGAUAAAUCCGCAAUCCGCUGUAUUAAUAGGAUCCGCAAAUCCGUGUAAAAUAUUCACCAGAUCCGAAAUCCGAACAAUUUUUUCUGUGAAAUCUGACGAUCCGAAAACCUAUUCACCUCCCUGGAAUCGGUCCUACUAAAGAAUGCCCGGGAACGCCCGGGGAGAUUCGUUGAAUGCCCGGGAAUGCCCGGGAGUUGGGAAAGAAUGCCCGG